CCCCUUGAACUUGUUGCUCGGCGCUCGGCGGUGGCGGAGGGGGUGGGGGUGGGGGAAAGCCUUAUUAUCGAUGUCCCUUUGGAUGCGAUCAAGCUUUCUCAGGAGCAACUACUUGCCCGCCGUUCCCGGCGGGGCACGGAGAUAUAGCGGUAGAGCCUGUAUUUCUAAAAAGUCUCUAUGCAACUGAGCGCUCUCGCCAUACUUUCCCAGUGGCCAUACCAGAAGUAUCUCUAGACUGACUCACUCAGCUGUAGUAGCUGUUCAGGACCAUGGCAGCAGGAGUGGCAGCAUGGUUACCCUUUGCCAGGGCGGCCGCCAUAGGAUGGAUGCCAGUGGCCACAGGUCCCAUGCCAGCUGCGCCACGGCAGGAGAGGAAGCGAAGCCAGGACUCUCUGAUUGUGCUGAAUGUGAGUGGUAUCCAGUUCCAGACAUGGUUGGACACCUUAGAGCGCUACCCAGACACUCUGCUGGGCAGUUCAGAGCGGGACUUCUUCUACCACCCAGAGACCCAGCAGUACUUUUUUGACCGGGACCCUGACAUUUUUCGCCACAUUCUCAACUUCUACCGAACAGGGAAGCUUCAUUACCCCCGCCAAGAGUGCAUCUCUGCUUAUGAUGAGGAGCUGGCCUUCUUUGGCAUCAUCCCUGAGAUCAUUGGCGACUGCUGUUACGAGGAGUACAAGGAUCGCCGACGUGAGAAUGCUGAGCGCCUGCAGGAUGACGCUGAUCAGGAUCAUGCAGCUGAGAGCUCCCUGCCCUCAAUGACAGCUCGGCAGAGGAUGUGGCGGGCCUUUGAAAACCCACACACCAGUACACUGGCUCUGGUCUUCUACUAUGUCACUGGUUUCUUCAUUGCAGUCUCUGUUAUUGCCAAUGUGGUGGAGACAGUGCCCUGUGGGGUAAGCCCGGGCCGCAUCAAGGAGCUGCCCUGUGGAGAACGCUACGCAGUGGCUUUCUUCUGUCUGGAUACUGCCUGUGUCAUGAUCUUCACAGUUGAAUAUCUGUUACGCUUGCUGGCAGCCCCUAGUCGUUACAAGUUUGUGCGCAGUGUCAUGAGCAUCAUUGACGUGGUUGCCAUCAUGCCGUAUUACAUUGGCCUGGUGAUGACAGAUAACGAGGAUGUCAGUGGGGCUUUUGUGACACUGCGGGUCUUUCGUGUCUUCAGGAUCUUUAAGUUUUCCCGCCACUCACAGGGGCUGCGCAUCUUGGGUUACACCCUGAAAAGUUGUGCCUCGGAAUUAGGCUUUCUCCUCUUCUCCCUCACCAUGGCCAUCAUCAUCUUCGCCACAGUCAUGUACUAUGCAGAGAAAGGUUCAUCAGCCAGCAAGUUCACCAGCAUCCCUGCUGCCUUCUGGUACACCAUUGUCACCAUGACAACUCUGGGGUAUGGCGACAUGGUGCCGAAGACAAUAGCUGGCAAGAUUUUUGGUUCAAUAUGCUCUCUGAGUGGGGUCUUGGUCAUUGCUUUGCCUGUUCCUGUAAUUGUCUCCAACUUCAGCCGUAUAUACCACCAGAACCAACGAGCAGACAAGCGCAGGGCACAAAAGAAAGCCAGACUUGCUCGAAUUCGUGCAGCAAAGAGUGGGAGUGCUAAUGCCUACAUGCAGAGCAAACGAAAUGGCUUACUGAGUAACCAGUUGCAGCAGCCCUCCAGUGAAGAAGAACAGGCCUUUGUUAGCAAAUCUGGCUCUUCCUUUGAAACACAGCACCACCACCUGCUUCACUGCCUGGAAAAAACCACGAAUCAUGAGUUUGUGGAUGAACAAGUCUAUGAAGAGAGCUGCAUGGAGGUUUCCACAGUCAAUAGACCCCCAAGCCAGAGCCCCUCUCUCUCAUCUCAACAAGGCGUUACCAGCACCUGCUGCUCACGAAGACACAAAAAGACUUACCGCAUCCCAAACACCACCCUCACCGGCAGCCGUCAAGGCAGUGUACAAGAGCUCAGCACCAUCCAGAUCCGAUGCGUGGAGAGAACACCUCUGUCCAACAGCCGAUCCAGCUUAAAUGCCAAAGUGGAGGAGUGUGUUAAACUAAACUGUGAGCAGCCUUACGUCACUACAGCAAUAAUUAGCAUCCCGACACCUCCGGUCACCACACCUGAAGGAGAUGAUAGGCCAGAGUCUCCUGAGUACUCAGGAGGAAACAUUGUCAGAGUAUCUGCUUUAUAAAAUAAGGAAUUAUUUGUAAAUCAGGAAAAAAAAGAAAAAAGAAAAAAAAAAGACCAUUGCAAGUUGAGCUCUAGCAGUGAGCAAGUUGUCUGGAAGAAGGAAAGAGCUGACAACGACAAGGCCCCCUCGACGCGUGCGCCAGCAGCCACCCAUCGAGACGUACAGAAGAAAACCACCCUGGGUUUCGGUGUCGGAGCGCGUUACCCCGAAUGGAGUUUCUACACCGUGUGUGAACAGAUAAUGCAGUGGAAGCUUCUGCGACCGUUCUGACUUACUAUAUGAGCACAAUGAAAUGUCCCCAUUGAUGCUUCUUCUUAUCAUGAGAGCUCUUUUUAGAAAAAAAGAAAAAACACA